CCCUCUCUCUCUGCCGUAGCCUACUCCCAGCGGUGGAUGGGGGAAAGAUGGCAACCCGUGAGCUGCUGACAGCCACACCGAUCAGCGUUUCCAGGCGGACAGCGGUCAAAAACGCCCUGAAAUGGAACUGAGAAGACCCAAGUUCGUUCAAGACAGAUAGGAGAGCGAUUUGGUGGUAAAAGAGAAAAAGAAAGGAUUUCGUUUUUCCAGCAGUUCCUCCGCUCGCGACGGCUCCUCAGCAUCCGCACAUCUCCGGCAGGCUUCAGAGGUUCCUGUAGCAUUGCCGUACGUUGAUAUCAGAUUAGGCCAAACAUCUUUGGAUUUUUUGUUGUAUGUAACACCGACCUGUGCUGAGGGCGUGGAAGAGAAGAGGACGAAGGGUCCGUCGCCAUCAUUUGUCAUUUGACAUAGGAGUUGAGCAGAAAGAGACAUGAGUGAGCAGAGCAUCUGCCAGGCCCGUGCCUCAGUGAUGGUGUAUGAUGACACCAGUAAGAAGUGGGUCCCCAUCAAGCCCGGACAGCAGGGCUUCAGCCGCAUCAACAUCUACCACAACACUGCCAACAACACCUUCCGUGUGGUGGGGGUCAAGCUGCAGGACCAGCAGGUCGUCAUCAACUACUCCAUCGUGAAGGGUCUGAAGUACAACCAGGCCACGCCCACCUUCCACCAGUGGCGUGAUGCGCGGCAGGUGUACGGCCUCAACUUCGCCAGCAAGGAGGAGGCCACCACCUUCUCCAACGCCAUGCUCUUCGCCCUCAAUGUGCUCAGCACCCAGGACGGAGGCCCAGCGGUCCAACGGCCCGUCCAGAACGGGCCCACGUCAGACGAGCUGGAGGCGCAGAGAAGGCAGAUGGAGAUGCAGCAGCAGCAGAUGCAAGCGCACAUGGAGAGGGAGCGACGAGCAUCCAACUCAGGUUCCCCAUUUUCAGGACACCCUGCCGUGCUCUCAGUGGCGCCCCCUGCUGGGAUGCCUCCCCCCAUGCAGCCUAUGUGUCUGGGGGGGCCCUGUCCGCCGCCCCCGCCCCCUCCGGGCCCCCCGCCCCCCUCGGCUGGGGCGCCCCCACCCCCGCCUCCUCUACCCAUGGGUGACGCGUCCGCGCCCACCGGGCUGGCGGCCAUGAUCGCCGGAGCCAAGCUGCGCCGAGUCCAGAGGCCUGAGCCUGAAAAUUCUGCUGCCAAAAAUGAUGCCAAUCGACAGAGUGGCAGUGGCGGAGGUCUAAUGGAGGAAAUGAACGCCCUGCUGGCGCGAAGACGGAAAGCGUGUGAAACGCCAGAGAGGAAAGAUGAGGACGGCCAAAAUGACGACCCCAACUCCCCCUCCCCUAUGGCCCGGGGCCAGAAUGCCACAGACGGCGUGAAGAAGCCAUGGGACAGGGCCAACUCUGCUGAGCGCUCGUCGCUAGUAUCAAAGGUUCGGCCUGUGGGAAGCACCAGUGACACAGACGCCUUAGACCUGGACAGAAUGAAACAGGAGAUAUUGGAAGAAGUUGUCCGUGAGCUGCACAAGGUGAAGGACGAGAUCAUUGAUGCCAUUAGACACGAACUGAGUCGAAUCAGCACGACAUAAUCCCCUGGACCAACGUGACCCACCUGUCUGAGACCCACCCUACCCCAACCCCACC